UCCUUUUGUUCUCUGACCUAAACACUGCUUUUUGCACCAUAUUGAACCAAACCACUGCGUGUUGCUGCGUUUAGCUGCUUGGCACUCGGGCACACCUCCAAACAUGUCAAACUACGAGUGAUGGAAACUACCACAAGAAAAUCUGGAUUUCUUUCUUUUCGGGAGGGGGGGGAGCUUUUUGAAGGGCUUUGCACUUCUAAAUCGAAAAAUGUCAAUAUUUGGCGAUAUAUAUAUAUAUGUAUUUUUUUCUUCUUUUUAUUGGUUCAAGUAUCGUAUUUUUCUUGUGCUCCUUAUAAUUGAGACUUUUAAUAUUCAUCCAUUUUCACUGCAGCUUUUCCUUGUUGUUAGUCAUCUCUCCCAUGAUUCUAAUGACAUGAACUGAGAAUAAUGUGAUUUAACGAUUAAAAUGAUGACAUGGCUUCGUUUGUAUUAUUACAAAAUGCGGUUUGUUUCAGUUUCUGUGUAGGGAAUGGGGCUGCCAUCAUGUUUCUUCCCAAAGGUAUUUUAGCUGCUGUCUUCCAGAAUCAACUCGUAAUUUUAAGCCAAAAAAAAGUUGUUGUUUUGAAGUUUAAAAAAAAAAAAAAAAAGCCAUCACGUUUUGAGAAUUUGUUUUUGGAAACAAUAUAGAACGCUAUGAGAAAUAAUUCAUAGUACUUGCAGGAAAAAAGUCAAAAUGUCAUGAGAAAAAAAAUGUGAUAUUAUGAGAAAGAAAGUCUGAAUGUUACCAGAAUGAAGUCAGAGUUUUUUCAGAAAAAAAGUUGGAAUAUUCAGAGAAUAAAUCGCAUCGCUGUGUAUUUUUAACAGAAAAUGUCAUGAGAAUAAAGUUUUACCUUUUUCAUAAAAAAAUAGUUGCUUUUUUUUGUACAUAAUACGCUCAUGACAAAAAAGUGGUAAUACAAGAAUACAUUUGGGAUAUUACAAGAAGAAAAUCAUAGUGCAAGCAAAAGUAAAUACAAAAAAUAAUAAAAUUUCCCCUAAAAGAAAGUUGUAAUAUUAUGAGAAAAAAGUUGGAAUAUUACCAGAAUAAAAGUUCACGCCCCCCCCCCAAAAAAAGAAAAUUAUAAUAUUACUAAAAACCAUUUUGCUACCAAGUUUUUAUUUUUAUUUGUAUUUUUUUUUAAUUGAUAGUCUCAUGAGAAUAAAGUCGUACUUCUUUUGAUAAGAAAAAUAGUUGCUUACCGGAAGAAAUCAUAUUUUAAAUACAAAUGAUCCAAAAUAAAAGCGUUGUGUUGUUUGACAAGUUGUUUUAGAACUCAAGACAAUUCUGACUAUUCUGGUCAAAUGACUUGACUUUUGUCUUCGUAAUAUUAGCACUUCAUUACAAAUUUCCCCUCUUGUAAUAUGAUGACUUUCACUGCCCAAAAAAGAAGGACAACUUUUUUUAUUAUUUUUUUUUUUUUUUCUUUUCUCUCACUCGAGUAAUAGUGAUACUUUAUUUGUGUAAAAUGACAAAAGGACAUUUUGUUUUGAAAGAAUACAGAUCGCUGUUGUUGAAUUGUUUGCAUUUGUUAAAUAAAGGAAUAAAGUCUGCAAAGAGAUUUAAAAAAGGAAAAAAAAGAACAAAAAUCAGAUUUGAUCAUGCUGACACUUUGAUGGGAAGUUGAAACACUUCCCAAAGUCAAGCUGUCGUGUACAUAAUAUUUGUCAUAUUUGUCUUGAGGGCGCGCUCGCCUUUUCGACAUCAUCAUCGUCAGCUUUCGGAAUGUCGUCCCGCAGCAUUCCGAAGUCAUUCCUCGCCUCAGACCGAUGAUAUUGUUUCGACUGCGCAACAUUACAGCCGUAGUCUGACCCAAUUGUCACUAUGCGAGUGACAAAACGCGUGUCUAGCAGGUCUACCGUUCGUACGAUCUCAGAGCGGGUAGAAUUCCGGGUGCUAUUUUGAGCUCCCGGUUCCGAGCGAGACACUGCGUGUCGCUCAUUGGUCGAACUGAUUUGUCGGCGGAACUUUAGCUUGCGGCCGUCGCUGCGCCUUGGUCUCCGCUUGGCUGCAGCGCUCCGUUUUGCUUGCCGCCCUCAGUCUCUUUCGCUUGAAUUCCUUUUAUCUGACAAAUGUGAGGGCAAGUGUCGCCAAUGACUCAGAACCGCCACCUUGCGUCAUCGAAAUGCAUCCACAGAGUCAAAUAAAUAACGCACGGCACGGUCAGGGGGGCACAUGCUCGCGUCAUGUGUUCAUGUGAUUGCUCCUCUCGCCGUUUAUUCAUGAGGACAUCACCUUGCACGAUAGAAAUAAACACAAUGAGGAGAAAUACAGUAGCGGCAAGAUGCAAAUGUAACUUAUUCCGUGACUCAGAACUGUUCCAGCUUCGAGGGAAAAAAAACCCAUUUGGUUUUAAUGAAGAACAAAUAACACUGUAUAAUAUUGAACUUAAAACAAAAUACAGUAACGACAUAAAUAAAUACAAUUUUAAGCAUUAGACACAUUUUUGCCACCAUUUGUGCUUCUAUUCAACGGACAUUGUGCUGCUCCUGGUGUGCAGACACGCUGACAUACGUAGAGACGGUCACAAGUUACUCCUCUGUCAAUUGUCGUCGUAUUAGUUGUUCUUCAAUAGUAUAUGCCUGUUAGUAUUGUUAUAUUAUCUGUGUGAUGGUUGCACCGCCGUUUGCGUUCAUUGCUUCAAGGGUCAUAACACAGCGACCAUCGAUGCUAAUCGUUAGGCUGUCUAUGGCGUUUUGCGUUGUUUGCUAACAUCAUUUGGAUGAAGCAAAGCUUUGUGGUUGUUUUGCAUCCGCAGCGAAUUUGCUUUGUGUUCUGCUUCAUUUGAUGAGCAACUUUAACUGGGAUUGGCAUGAAAGUUGCCACACAACUUCUCGUAACAGUUUCGGUUGUAAUUGUCGUACAGUUAAUGCAAUCUCACCUCUUAGGGUGCCAGUUGUUCAUGAUAAACACGAUCUUGGAAAAUAGAAAGCAAAAUCUCGUCAAAAUGUCUCCUGGCAGCACAACGUGACGGGCCAAUUGGGAGAAGUUGGGCCGUCCCGCCGUGCUUUUGUCUCCCUCCAGGGAACCACUUUAGGCCCUUGAAGCCCCUCCGGUGGGGAGGGGGGCGGGACGGGACAGCGCUCCGAUUGGUCCUCGCCCACCCUGGAAGCAGCUGUCGGCCAAUCGGGUUUGGAUCAGGCAGGAACAUCGCGGACCAUCAGAGAUACCCUGAAAAGUUUUCUACACAAGUGAUGUCCAUCAUGGAGGUGCCCAGGUUGCUCCCACCGGUGCCCUUGCCCCGCACGAUUCUUAAGCCCUCCCUCGCUACUGCGGAGAAGCUCUCCCCGAAUGAGCCACCGCCGGAACAAGAGAAGCCCCAGGACGAGAACGAUCUCAAAGACAAUCUGUUUGGAGAGGAGGAGGAGGUGGAGAAGAGCCCAGAUGUGACAAUUUGCUCAGCGGAGGAGGCGGAAAGGACCGCCGAGGAGAGGGCGGCGCAGAGGCAGCUGAUGGCCGUCCAGGAGUUGGUGCAGUCUGAGAGGAAUUACCUGAGAAUGCUGCAGCUCAGCACAGUGACCAUCAGGAGCAACCUGCAGAAGCUCCAGCCUCCGCCGGCGAACCUGGACAGCAUCUUCCUGCACGUGGAGGAUGUGACGGACGUGUCCGGUCGGCUCCUCGGUCUGCUAGAUCAGAAGAAUGUCCAGCCCGGAGAGCCGCUCUUCCUGGAGGCGCUGUGUGACGCCUUCCUCAGCCUGUCGUCCGACAUCGAGGCAGCCUACAAGGAGUACCUGGCCAACUACAACCAGGUCAUCGCGGUAGAGAACGCCUACAAACAGAAGGAGGCACUGUGGGAGCAGAUCGUCAAAGUCAUCAAGACGUCGGCGCCCGAAGUGAACGCCAGCUCGCUGAGUUUCUUCCUGGUGACGCCCGUCCAGCGCAUCGCCCGCUACCCUCUCCUCCUGCAGACCAUCCAGAAGCACACGGACACGCGGCACCCGGCCUGCGCCCUGCUGGAGCAGACGGCGCACGCCUCCAUCGCCAUCAACUGUCGCAUCAACGAGUACAAGCGUUUCAGGGAAGUCGCUGACAAAUACAAGAAGAGCCAGACAUUGAGCAUCAUGGACAAGAUCAACCGCUUGAACUCGCACAGCAUCGCCAAGAAGACCGCCCGGAUGGGACAGUUCCUCAAACACGAGACCGGCAUGGUUCCCAAGCUGGUGGACGAGGAGUUUGACGCACUAGAAGGCUUCUUUUACGUCCUGGAGCACGGCAUCUUGCGGCUGCUGGACAACGUGGAGCUCUACCUCCACCACCUCCAGGUCGGUCGGCACGCCUCGAAAGGAGUCGGCUUGCGAGAGCGUCGGCCAUCGUCGCUUUCUUCGUCUUUGUUCGGUCCUCAGACUUUCUCCAACUGCAAAACGGAGGAGUUUGACCUGGACAUGGACGGCGAGAAGGUGCCCGUUUGCUACAAGGAGAUCACCACUGGACUCCGACAGUGGAUCCUGCCUGUAUUUGAAGAGAGGACGAGGACGUUAAUCCACAAGCCGCUCUGCGCGCUCCGCGACCUCCUGGUGGGCCCGAGGAACCUGAUCCGCAAGAGGCCGCAAAAGCUGCUCGACUACGAAGUGAUCGAGGCCAAGCCUUGCCCGAGCUACGACGAGCAGGCCGUCGCCGACACGUACAGGACGAUGAACACGUUGCUGCUCGACGAGCUUCCCAAGUUUAACGGCUUGGCACUGCAGAUGAUCUGGAGCAUGCUGGGAACGUUCAGCUGUCUGCACAAAGACCUGGCCUCUGACUUGGAGCAGCUCUUCCGGAGCUUCGCCCAGCAGCUUCCUCACAGCUCUUUAGACGCAAGCGCUUUCUGGGAGUGGGCCGAGACGGCGGUGCUGGAAGGGGCGAGGAGCCUGGACGCUUUGGGUCAAAGUGUGGAGGAGACGCUGCUGGGGCCUGCCUCUCAGCCUCUGAACUCGUCCUCACAGCAGCGCCUCCGGCUGCUGACGGACAAGCACGGCUCGGACAAGAUCUACCGGGUGCUGAGCGCCGCGGCGGGCGGCCGAGACCUGGACCUCACGCUCGCCAAGGGAGAGCUCGUGGCCGUCAUCGGCCGGGCGGAUACCCGCGGAGACGGGCGCAGGUGGCUGGUGGACGCCGGGGGCAGACGAGGCUACGCGCCGGCCUCCAGGUUGAUCCGCUAUCACGGGGCGGAGGAGGAGGAGGAGGAGGAGCCGCCCCCCUCGCCCCACCUGAGCCUCCCGCAGAGCGCCAGCAGCGCCAGGAGACACUCGUACGCCGCAGAGCUCCCACGACACGCGACGACGACGACGGCGGCGGCACUCGGCCGGCCGUGCUUCCAGGUGUUUGCGGCGUACGGCUUCGCGGCACGAGGGAACUGCGAAGUCUCGAUGGCGGCGGGCGAACCGGUGCGCGUCCUGGAGCCUCACGACAAGCGAGGCAACCGCGAGUGGAGCCUGGUGGAGGUGCGAGGCCGGCAGAGGGGCUACGUUCCCUCCAACUACCUCGCAGCGGCGCCCGUAGCGGGCACGCUCGCUACCCGCCACCCGUCCUGCUAGCGCUUCUGCGGCAACAGGCGCGAAGCGGACGGGCCUCCUGCGCCUCCUGCCAGAUCGCAUCUGCUCAUCGACGGAUGCUGCCUUCAGGACCUUCUCACCCACGUGGGACCCUGGAGCGCUGCUGCACUGGCCUGACUCUUUGGAAGAAGCCACUCUGCUUCACUUGGGUGAGCUAAUAGUGAACCUGGACAACAGUUCUCCGGGUCUACUUCAUUACGCCCCUAAUUUAAUCCUGGGCGGAGGUCUUUGCGCCACGGUGUGGACACGGACAGUGCGCGUGAAAACGAGAUUGUGCUUGCCGUUGAUUUUAUUCUUUUCUUUAUUUAAAUGGUUUUUUUUCGGGGGGGGGGGGGGGGAAUUCUUAUUAUUAGCCGUGUUUAUUUGCAUUGUGUAAGGUGGUGGUGGUGGUUAUGAAGGGUAACUGGCAUUGCAUGUGCAACUAUUUGCGUUGCCAUUUAAGUGGCAAAUGUGACCUUUCGCGUGUUUGUGUGUGUACGUGUGCGCCUGCGUGCUGCAGAGUGUACAGUGAACGCAUCUCAGCCUAUAAAUAUCUUGUCCUCCAGCUGAUAGCCGGCUAAAAAUAGAACACGUCGCUCAUAGGCGCUUCCUAGCGGGGCGCAGGAGAAGUACAUCUUGAACCGCAGUCACGGAGGUUUUUGUGUGUGUGUGUGUGUGUGUAAAUAUGGCAAGUUAUCACCUGAAUCAUUUGUUACUGUAAUUGUGAGGAGUUCAUUUGUAUUGCAAACGCGUGGGUGCACGUGUGUAUGUACGUGCAGAAGGACAACGGUUAACCAAACGUUGCUAAUGGCAGCCUUUGGGUGGUCUGCACCGCUGCAUGCAAUGGUGGCGCACACACGCGUGUGCGCGCGAGAGAGAGAAUCAGAUGGCAAGAGUGCAUGUAGCAGUGUGUUGUCUUGUUUACACUCUUCUUCAGCAUGUUGGUAAAAUAUCAGUGCAGAGAGGACAAACACAUGCAGGAGGAUGAGCGGUGAUGCAGCAGACCCAACAACAGCUGGAAAGUGUGUGUGCGUGUGUGCGUGGAGGCUGAUGCGCACAUACAAUACUGGAAACACAAAUUUGUCGAGGACGUGCGGAGCCUCGCCUGCAUCACGAAGCGUAAGAAACGAACAACGAUUGGUCUCAAUUUGAUUGGUCUCUGUUCUGUACUUUGUAUUUGUUUUCUUUCUGAAUCCAGUCAUGUCCACGUUUUCCAGAAUUGGCGAAUUUGCGUAUUUCCUGUUCAAAAUACAUGGACGAGACUCCGAGUGUGGCGCUGAGCCGCCUCGCCUCAGAUUGGGCAAUGCCACACAAACUGGGUUGAAAUUGUGCCCGUUUCUGCCUCUCUUCGUGUCAAAUUAAAGCCAAACAUCAACAAUGUUGGAGCUGAGCGAAUGAUAACCUAUUUGGCUAACUAACUAACUCACUCACUAACCAAAUAUCUAAGACACUAGCUGACUGACAAACCAACCAACCAACUCACCGAGUAACUUCCUAACUGACUAAAAGGACAAACUGAGUCACCAAGCAAUAAACUCCCUGAGUGAAUAAGAAACUAACUGAUGAAUGAACGGACUGCUGGACUAACUAACAAGACUAGCCGAUUGUCCUCUUGGCAUCGAAUCGAUCGCAACCGGGCUCUCGGAGGACGUUCCGCCUCUCAUCUGAGCAGGCUUCAUCAGGCUCGUCUGUCCUAACUAGGUUUCAUGUCUAAUGACGAGCUAAGUCACAAGCAGACUGCUUGACUGACUGACUAAUAAACUCAAUAACAAAAUGUCGAACUUGUUAACCGGCUGACUAAAUAACCGAUGAGCUGGCUGAUUAGAAAAAGGGUCUAAAACGGUUAGUAAAGCGCUUGUCAAGGCCGCGGUAGCGUCGUUGAGAUGGCAACGAUUCUUACUCGGGGACCCGCAUUCGCCCUGAACGUCAUACGUGACACUUGUUCCACUCAGCACGUUGAAGAUGCGUAGAGCGCCCUCUACAGUAAUGAGCCUACUAAGCCGCGUCUGGCUGACGCUGCAAGUACACGGGCGGCGGCGGCGGCGGCGGCGCUUGACGCAGUCUGACGUGUGUACCGCUAAGUGUCUUCAUCCAGUGCACUGCAGUCCUGUCCCGUGCGUGCACAUCUGGGGAACGACACACGUGUGCGUGCGUGUGUGUGUGCGUCUUGCCUUACAGACCGCCAUAGCAGCAAAUCUGCAGGAGAUACAUGAACAAAAUCCAUAUCAGCGCUAUAUGGGUCCGAUACAGCCAUCUUGGUCUCGUCAGGACAUAAACACCAAAUGUGGAAGAUUUUUUUGUAUCUUGUAUGGGGACAAAUCUUCAACAAUGUCACAUUUAUUUGUGAACAAAACAACUUUAUUCCAUCAUAACCAUUUUUGGGGAAAAAUCAGCAGUUAACUUACAGGCUAAACUUUAGCGAUUGCUGUUGAAACUUUGAACAACUGUCAAAGUAAUCGUGUGCAAACGAGCGGGGCUUGCGUUGGCAUUGACGGUAACGCGUAAUGAAUCCAAAUUCCGAAACUUGUCGUACUAUUCCAAAAUGCGGUUGUCCAAUAAAUGACAAAUCCAAUUGCAUUUCAUAACUGCGUAAUGACACAAUUUGCGGUCUGCUAUUGUGCGAAUGCAAAAUGGCGACGGUCACAUGCCGGAUUUUCCUGAAAUCUUCAUGUGUGGGGUCUGUCACAGAUAAACAAUCUUUUAAGAUCUGGAAACUCCUUGUGUGCGUGCGCAGCAGGCCUUCGUCGUGAGUCAUGAAUGAAGCGACCGACGGAGUAGCUGCUUCCGCAUCGCUUGCUGCUGUACCGUGUGACAGCGUUCGCCAUCGAGUUGACCUUCCCCACUCGUCUUGAUCUUCGUCUUUUCCCCUUCAUCUUUUACCCGCUCCUCAUCCUCCGUGGCUUACAUCACUUCUCGUCCGUUUUCCUCCUCUGCUCCUUUUAAAAAAAAAACCAAAAACAAAAAAAACAGCGUCAGUGCUUCAUCGCUGCUGAUUUAAACAGCCUCUCGACAAACCAAGAAUAAUGAUAAUAUAGUGCGUGCGUGCGUGCGUGCGUGGUUGCGGGGUGGAGUUUAUUGAUGACACCGACCUUCAGCCUCAUGGAAUGAUGGGAAGUCCUGCUCAAUGAUGCAUCGGACGCUCUCCCCGACGCUCAGCGUUUGUCCGUGAGGGAGUGACGGAUAUACCACGCGUUUCAUUCGCGUGCCACGUCCGCGAGUCAACUCGGAUCAUGUUGUAAAUUUCUGGUUAGUCGGGUUUACCGAUGACCGCUUGAUUCCGUUGCUUGGAUCGUCGAGUUCGUUUGGAUAGGAAUUGGUGAAUUGUUGGUUGAGCGAUAUAUGAUUAUAUGACUAUAUUCAUAGAGGUAGUGGAUUGAAAUGAUUUCUAUUGGUCAAAACAAAGUCAGGUGUUGUCACUCAACAAAACGGUUCACAUGGCGGGGGCGACUCCAAAAGAUCGGCCCCGCCGCCCACACCUGCCGGGGGCUUCUGACCCCUUUGUUGUUUUUCCACUUGAGCGACGUCGUGCGUGCGUGCGUGCGUGUGUGCGUGUAUUCAUGUUCAACAAAUAAGCCAGGACUUAACCUUUACACCACGUUAUGAUAACACACAAGGUGGGGGCCUCACACUCUGUGUGUGCGCGCGUGUGUGCCCUUACAAAUGGAUCAAUUUUGUUCGUUACAGAAUAGCAUAUGUAUACUUUUUGUGAUGUUCUAGUUUGCAGGUGUGCCGUGAGACUUUUCUCAUGUAAAAUCGCGGUAAUGUGUACGAUCAAAGCCGAAUUGACUCUUUCUUUUUUCAGUAGCACGCCGAGGGAAUUCGCUGACUUUGAAUUAUGCUAAGCUACGCUAUCGUGACUUCUUCCCAUGCCGUCGAGCGACCUCCGCUCGUGUGACAUCAUCGAUCCAGAAGGAAGGCGGAGCGGCCUUCAGACGGCCUUGGAAGCAACGCAUUUACACGCGUACGCUCGCGCGUACACACACACACGCAACUAAAUGUAACUGAGGAAGAAUCUCCUUUUGUUUUUUUUCAAGACACAAUGGCACACAUCCGUACACACACAUAAAUAUCCGCACACACACAGUCCACCGUUAUGUUUGCUUCUCAUGUGGAACGAACCAACCUUGGCCCGCUGAUACUUGUCCUUGAGUCACAUGAGCGAGGUUAAAUGCGUGCGUGUGUGUGUGUACGCACAAUGCAUGUACUGACUUCAUGCUUACACACACCAUAUAUGCAUUGUGUGCAUAUGUACUGGAUAUGUAUACACACGUUCUGUAUAUACUAUAUAUACAGUCCCCUCCAAAAGUCAAUUCUUUUGUUUUUGUUGUAUACUGAAGACAUUUGGCUUUCAGUUUAAAAGAUGAAUCUGAAGUCUCCUCUUCAGGAGGUAAAAUGCAUGCUCUAUUGGGUUAAGGUCUGGUGAUUGACUUGGCCAGUCAAAGAUCUCCCCCUGAUAAUGGAAACCUAAAAGAAAAUAGUCCAACAGUUUAAGGACAAUGUUCCACAACGUACAAUCGCAAGGAAUUGAGGGAUUUCAUCAUCCACGGUCCAUCAUAUCAUCAAAAGGUUCAGAGAAUCUGGUGAAAUCACCGCAUGUAAGCGGCAAGGCCGAAAACCAGCAUUGAAUGCCCGUGACCUUCGAUCCUUCAGGCGGCGCUGCAUCAAAAACCGACAAUGUGUAAAGGGUAUCACCACGUGGGCUCAGGAGCACUUGAAAACCAAUGUCAGUAAAUACAGUUCGGCGCUACAUCCGGAAGUGCAACUUGAAACUCUACUAUGCAAAGCAAAAGCCAUUUAUCAACAACACCCAGAAACGCCGUCGGCUUCUCGGGGCCCGAGCUCAUCUAAGAUGGACUGACGCAAAGUGGAAAAGUGUUCUGUGGUCCGACGAGUCCACAUUUCAAAUUGUUUUUGGCAAUUGUGGACGUCGUGUCCUCCGGGCCAGAGGAAAAGAACCAUCCCGACUGUUAUGCACGCAAAGUUCCAAAGCCAGCAUCUGUGGUGGUAUGGGGCUGUGUUAGUGCCAAUGGCAUGGGUAACUUACACAUCUGUGAAGGCACCAUUAAUGCUGAAAGGCACAUACAGGUUUUGGAGAAACAUACGCUGCCAUCCAAGCAACUUCUUUUUCACGGCCGCCCCUGCUUAUUUCAGCAAGACAAUGCCAAACCACAUUCUGCACGUGUUACAACGGCGUGGCUUCGUACUAAAAGAGUGCGGGAGUUACGAGACUGGCCUGCCGGCAGUCCAGACCCGUCUCCCAUUGAAAAUGUGUGACGCAUUAUGAAGCGUCAAAUACGACAACGGAGACCCCGGACCGUUGAACGGCUGAAGCUGUACAUCGAGCAAGAAUGGGAAAGAAUUCCACCUCCAAAGCUUCAACAAUGAGUGUCCUCGGUUCCCAAACGUUUACUGAAUGUUGUUCAAAGAAAAGGUGAUGUAACACGGCGGUAAACAUGACCCUGUCCCAGCUUUUUGGGAACGUGCUGCAGCCAUACAAUUCCAAGUUCAUGAUUAUUUGAUAAAAAGAAGUUUACCAGUUUGAA